AUGGAAGAUGAUUCGUCAUGGGAAGCUCUUCCAAUUGAGCGCAUCAGAAUUCCUGCAUUCAACUUUCGAGUUAUUUCAGAGGCUAGCAAUGGAGAAAAUGAAUUGCCAGUUUCAUUGGAUGCCGCAGUUCCUGAUGACAUUCUUGAGAAAAUUUUCACCUUCUUGCCAAUAGCAAGCAUGAUAAGGUCAACAGCGGUAUGCAAGAGAUGGCAUGAUAUUAUCUACUCAAGCCGGUAUCUUUGGACCCACAUGUUGCCUCAGAGGCCCUGGUACUUCAUGUUCACCUGUAACGAGACUGCUUCUGGAUAUGCUUAUGACCCCAUCCUCCAUAAAUGGUAUGAUUUAGAGCUUCAAGGCAUUGACAAGAGCAGCUGUUUCGUCUCUUCUUCUUGUGGGCUAGUUUGCUUCAUGGAUAAUGACAACAGAAACAUCAUUUCUGUAUCUAACCCUAUUACAAAAGAUUGGAAGAGGCUGUUGGAGCCCCCAGGUGCAAAGUUUCCAGAUUACAGCACUGUUGCCUUAAAGGUAGAUCAGGUGACUCACAAUUACACUGUUACAUUGGCAAAAUCGAAGCAGGUACCUGAGGAUUAUGUCCAAUGGGAAUUCUCUUUAUACAAGUACGACUCACGGAGUAGUUCAUGGGUAACUGCAGUGAAGGAGGUGUUCAUUGGUUGGAGAGGGGGUGACGAUAGUGUGAUAUGUGGUGGAGUCUUGUACUGCUUGAUCCAGUCCACAGGUGUUCUUGGCAAUGUUGAGCCCCGUCACAGGCUCAUCAUGUAUGACCUUGUUGCGGGACCUUCUGAAACUUCACUAACGCAAUCCUCAAUCCCUGUACCUUGCUCUCUCACCUGCGGGCGUCUACUAAACCUGAGAGGGAAGCUGGUAAUGGUCGGCGGGAUAGCAAAGCCCAAUAGACCUGAUAUCAUCAAGGGAAUCGGUAUAUGGGAGCUUGACAAGACACAGUGGCAAGAGGUGAGUCGGAUGCCUCACAAAUUCUUCCAAGGAUUUGGUGAGUUGGAUGAUGUUUUUUGUAGCGGCGGUGCCGACGACCUUGUGUACAUCCAAAGCUAUGGUGCAACUGCUUUGCUUGGAUUUGACAUGAAGCAGAGGCAAUGGAAGUGGUCGGCAAAAUGCCCUUGUUGCCGAAUAACACUUACUUGUCUGUGA